CAUCCCUCAAACAUUCAUUCUAACACCAAAAUUAAGUGUAGAAAGUAACAAAACUUCUCCCUUUAUUCCAUAUUCCACAAGCCAUUUUUGCGCUGCUUGUUCAUCUAUAUAAACCUUCACCCUUCCCUUCCCUUCCUCACCAAACUCACAACACUUUCCCUUCUCUCUUCAUCAUCUCUCAAAAUCUUGAGAAAUGGCUCCGAGCUUGAGCAAGGGAGGCUCCAACGCCGCCGUGGUGGUGGACGGAUUCACCACCUCCGUGAUCACCCUCGACGAAUCCAACUUCGUCGUGAAUGAUCACGUCAUCCUCUCCGACGUCCCUCUCAACAUCACGGCGGCUCCCUCGCCCUACGCUGUCGGGGAGAAGGCGGCCGCCUCGGCCACCUCCCCCGGCUGCUUCGUGGGGUUCGACGCCGUGGAGGCCAAGAGCCACCACGUCGUCCCCAUAGGGAAGCUCAAGAACAUCAAAUUCAUGUCCCUUUUCCGCUUCAAGGUGUGGUGGACCACCCACUGGAUCGGGUCGAACGGGUCGGAUCUCGAGCGCGAGACCCAGAUCGUCGUCCUCGACAAAUCCGAGGGCCCGGGAUUCAACGACAGGCCCUAUGUAGUCCUGCUGCCCCUUAUCGAGGGCCAAUUCCGGGCCUCGCUCCAGCCCGGGAUUGACGACUUCAUCGACUUGUGCGUCGAGAGCGGCUCGACGAAAGUGAACGGGUCGUCCUUCCAGGCGUCCCUCUACAUGCACGCCGGGGACGACCCGUUCACGCUGGUGAAGGACGCCAUCAAGGUGGGGCGACACCACCUCGGGACGUUCCGUCUCCUCGAGGAGAAGACGCCGCCCGGGAUCGUCGACAAGUUCGGGUGGUGCACGUGGGACGCCUUCUACCUCACGGUCCAGCCCGAAGGAGUGAUGGAGGGUGUCAAGGGCCUUGUCGACGGCGGCUGCCCGCCGGGCCUAGUGCUCAUCGACGACGGGUGGCAGUCGAUCUGCCACGACGAGGACGACCUCACGACGGAGGGAAUGAACCGGACUUCGGCCGGAGAGCAGAUGCCCUGCAGGCUGAUUAAGUUCGAGGAGAACUACAAGUUCAGGGACUAUAAAAGCCCGAACAAGACCGGCCCCGGCCCGAACACUGGGAUGAAGGCCUUCAUCCGGGAUAUGAAGGAUACCUACACGAGCGUGGACUACGUGUACGUGUGGCACGCUCUGUGUGGGUACUGGGGCGGGAUUAGGCCCGGUGUCCCGGGCCUGCCCGAGGCGAAGGUGGUUGAGCCUGUGCUUACUCCUGGGCUUAAGACAACUAUGGAAGAUCUUGCUGUUGACAAGAUUGUGAACAAUGGUGUUGGGCUUGUCCUACCUAAGCUGGCUGAGAAGAUGUAUGAAGGAAUGCAUUCCCAUCUUGAAUCUGUUGGGAUUGAUGGAAUCAAAGUUGAUGUCAUCCAUUUGUUGGAAAUGUUGUGUGAGGACUAUGGUGGUAGAGUGGAUCUAGCAAAGGAUUACUACAAGGCCCUGACGAAGUCGGUUCAGAACCAUUUCAAAGGAAACGGAGUCAUUGCUAGCAUGGAGCACUGCAACGACUUCAUGUUCCUAGGGACCGAGGCCAUCAGUCUCGGCCGUGUUGGUGACGACUUUUGGUGUACCGACGAAUCGGGUGACCGGGGUGACCCUAACGACACGUUCUGGCUGCAAGGGUGCCACAUGGUGCACUGCGCCUACAACAGUUUGUGGAUGGGUAACUUCAUCCACCCCGACUGGGACAUGUUCCAGUCGACCCACCCUUGCGCGUUGUUCCACGCAGCGUCUCGUGCCAUCUCUGGUGGGCCCAUCUACGUCAGUGACUCCGUCGGGAAGCACAACUUCGAGCUGCUCAAGAGCCUCGUGCUCCCCGACGGCACCAUCCUCCGUUGCGACUACUACGCCCUGCCCUCUCGCGACCGCCUCUUCCUAGACCCUCUCCACGAUGGCAAGACCAUGUUGAAGAUUUGGAACCUCAACAAGUUCACCGGAGUGAUCGGAGCAUUCAACUGCCAGGGCGGCGGGUGGGACCGCAAGGAGCGGCGCAACCAGUGCUUCGCCGACUGCUCCCGCCCGGUCUCCGCCACCACCGGCCCGAGCGACAUCGAGUGGAAGCAAGGCCGUAACCCGAUCGCCGUCGACGGCGUGGAGAAAUUCGCGAUGUACCUCUACGGCGAGAAGAAGCUCAUCCUCUCCAAGGCCUCCGACACCAUCGCCGUCGAGCUCGAUCCGUUCAAUUUCGAGCUGAUCACCGUCUCUCCUGUGAAGACCUUGGCUGGAACCUCCGUCGAGUUCGCGCCGAUCGGGCUGGUGAACAUGCUCAACACCGGCGGCGCGAUCCAGUCGGUGGCGUACAACGAUCGGGCGAAAUCGGUGAAGAUCGGAGUGAAGGGAACCGGAGAGAUGAAGGUGUACGCGUCGCAGAGGCCGGCGGCGGUCAAAGUGAACGGCGGGAAUGUGAGAUUCGGGUACGCGGAUUCCUUGGUGGCGGUGGAGGUGCCAUGGGUGAAUCCUACUGGAGUUUCGGUGAUUGAUUAUGUGUUUUGAUUUUGAUAGCUGAUUUGGGGAAAAUGGUGCCCUAAUUGAGAUGAAAUUGGGGCUUUUUUUUAUUUUUGUUGUUUUGAUUUUUCGAUGAUUAUGAGCGAUGUAUUUCGUUUGAAGCAAGGAAAUGUAUUUCCGACUAAUGGAAUAUGAAAUAAAAUUUUCUGCAUAA